UCCACAUUAUAUCUCUGUAAUGGGGAGGAGAUGUGCAGUGAAGGGGAGGCGGAGUAUCCUCUCUGCACUGUAAUAACAUGUUUGAUACUGGCAGAAACACACUUCAGUAACUCUUCAGGCAAACUGAUCUCAACUCACUUCUAGGUGUAAAAUAUUUGGAGGAUAUUCAGUGAAGCCAUGGUUCACCUCCUGUACAUAGGGUUGUUGUUGGUGUUGUUUUCUCUCCAGAGCUCAGCAAUCGCCCCCCAAAAUGGCUCCGCGCCCUUCCUGCGGACUUUCUCUGGUCACUUUGUAACCGUCACUGAUGAGCCUAUAGACUACGUUGACCUGUCUGUAGACAGUUGGCGGGAUGACGGGGAGUCUGGCUCGGGGUCGGAGCAGGAGCCGGUGAAAAGACACGGCCCACACCGCCCCCCCCAGAAGCACUAUUCUGUCUCAGAGGAAGCUAAAGGUUUCCUCCAGGGUCGCCUGGCAACGAGCUUCGUCCCCACCGUUUACACCCUCGUCUUAAUCGUCAGCGUGCCCCUCAACCUCGUUGCCGUGGUGAUGUUUGUGCAUCACGUCCGUCCCAGAAAACCGGCGGUGAUCUACAUGCUGAACCUGGCCUGCGCUGACCUGCUGUUCGGCCUGCUCCUUCCCUUCAAGAUCGCCUACCAUUACCAUGGCAACAACUGGAUCUAUGGCUCCUUCAUGUGCAGAGUUGUCACAGCAGCUUUCUACUGCAACAUGUACUGCUCUGUCCUGCUCAUAACGUGUAUCAGUAUUGACCGUUUCCUGGCCGUGGUGUACCCCAUGAACUCACUGACGUGGCGCAGCCCUCAGACAGCUUCAGCUGUGUGCGCCGCCAUGUGGCUGUUGGCCCUCGGAGGAGUGACCCCGCUCCUCAUCUCUGGCCAAACCAUGUAUUUGCCAGAACUGGGCAUCACCACCUGCCAUGAUGUGCAGGAUGUGGGAACACUACAAGCCUACUAUCUUUACUUCUUCCCCAUCUACUCCUCCAUCUUCUUCUUCAUCCCUCUCAUCUUCACCGCUGUCUGUUAUGUGCGUAUCAUUCAGGCUCUGGCAGCAGCCAACGUGCAGAACCGCUCCAGGAAGACUCGGGCCGUGGUGAUGGCUGUGGUCGUGCUGGUGGUGUUUGUGGUCUGCUUCGCCCCCACCAACAUCAUCCUGAUGGUUCACUAUGUUCAGCUGUCCCACAAGUCCAGCGACAGCUCCUACCAGGUGUACCUGCUCUCCAUGUGCGUAGGCAGCCUCAGCUGCUGUCUGGAUCCGGUCCUGUAUUACUUUGCCUCCUCUCAGUGCCAGAAGCAGGUGGCGGCACUGCUCAGAUGCAGGCGACUGGCGCGAGCAGAGAGCAGCUCAGGAACACAGAGUACAAGAACCAGCGGGCGGAGAGACAGCGGCAGGUCUUGCAAGAUGGAGAGUGUUCAAACUGACCUGGGGAGUCAUUACAGCAGGCUGGUGGCUUAACUACAUGGACAUGACGAUCCUGCUUCUGAGACACUUUUCAAACUGGCACACACAGUACAAUACAUCAGAGUCCAUGUGUAUUUAGAUCCUGACUAAGGAAAGGUUUGGGUUGGAUCAAAAGAGUGUGUCCAGAGCCUGGUAGUGCUGGACUUAAAUUAGCUUAUUGGAUAACCAAUUAGCCUUUUUGUUAUUUUGUAAUCUCAAAAUAUAUCCAGCAGGACAGUGGGUGGUGUGUUUGAGUCAUUCGCAGACCAUAUUCUGCCAUUCUUUUCAGAUUUAUGUUUCAUAUUCUUGCUUUCAGUGAAUCAUAGGAACUUUAAACAUUCAGUGUAUAAUAAUACGAGUUUUAAUCUGAAAAACAUUACAUGUGAUGUAACUGCAUUAUUGUAAGACAAAUAUCAUCAUCUGUUAUAGGUUUUUAGAAGUAAAUAUGUAAAAUCAUUAGUCACUUGCACCGGCAUUCAUAGCAUAGAUAAUUCCACAGAUACAAAACUACUACAUUACACGUAUUUCUGCUAAAUUCAAAUGUUGCUGUAUCUCUUCAUCUUUUUUUUUUUUUUAUUGCUGCUCACUCUGUGCUCUCUUUGUCGUCGGGGCAGAGCUCUGAAACACAGGAAAACAUAAAAACAAACAAAAAAAUACAACUGUAAGAGAAGAAAGCAAAUAUUCCCUGAGCAUCAAGGAGAAUUUCAGCAGCAUUUCCAUUUCCUGACCAUAUGUAUUGUACUGCAUGUAGUUUGUUGUAUAAAAAACACAAUGUAUAAUCAUAUUUAAAUGUUGCAUUUCAUAAUACAACAUCUCCACCUUGUGGCAACUUGUGUUGACUCACAGGUCCGGCUUUGUUUUUUUUAGCUACAGUCAUUACAGUUACUGAAGACUCACUGACCUGUUUUACCAUCGUAGCUGUGAAAGUUCUCUGGGAAGCUCAGACACCCAACUUGUUUCCUGAAAAUUUCAACAUCUUCGAGAUCUAUUUUUCCAGUCCUCGCUGAAAGAGAAGGGAAAUUUUAAAAGGAGAUAUCACAUUUGUAACUCUGACCACAGCUGUGUUUUAAACCGAUGAGGAACUUACUGAACUGCAGGACGUAUCUACCGGUGACAUCCCCGUUUCGAAAGGUGUCUGUCCACAGCAGGCAGUCGGAGCAAGUCUGUAGAAUAUGUCCUUUGUGGUCUGAGAUAUUUUCUUUAAAAGAACAGCAGAGGGAUUGAUUAUUAUGCAAUAUUAUUUAUAUAAUACUAUCUGUUGUCUUGGAUGCUCUUAAUAAUCCUGUUGCUAAGGAAAGAAGCUUCAUCUCAUGUGCGACUUACUGCGAAAUGUGGUGGCAAUUCCUGAGACUGUAGCAUUUACCUCCCCCAAGAUACACCGAUUACUAAGAAACAAGAAUAUGCUGUGACAGAACACGUUUUCACAAGCUUCAAAUUUAACAUGCUGCCUGAAAAGGUCAACCUUCUUCCUAAUAUUGUGCCACAAACUCUAUUUAAGGGUGAUUCUGCACCAACAUAUUUAAUAAACUAAAUCAGCAAACUUACAAGCAGUGAUCUCCCCAACGUAAUGUCACGACUUGACUGUCAGAAGUGGCAGACAAGUCGAUCCAGGAGCUUUUCAGAGACUCCAGUGCCUUGUGGUAGGGCUUGGGGUCACCAGCUCCCAUCACAUACACCCAUUUUCCAAAAACCUUCACAUAAAAAGUCCAGAUUCAUGUAUUGUGUUGAUAUUUCUUUUUAAAUAAAACCAACCAUCUUAGGGAUAAAUCAGACAAAACUUACCAGUUUGGGAUCCUCUGGCAUAAAAGGUUUGACCAGGUCCUUACAGUCGGGUGCCGAUGCAGCACUGAGGGAAGUGAGAGCCAACAGAAAUACAACAGCAGGCAGAGCCAUGCUCAGACAGAGGGAUGAGGAUGAGAUAGAGGAGGGAGAGUCGGCAGCACUGCAGAGGAUGUCUGCAGCAGAAAACUUCUAACGCUGAUUCAUUUUCCCUCUGGGGUUUCAAAUUAAAAAAAA